AUGCGACCGCAGCUCGACAUGGCUUCUCAUUUCUUCUGUUCAGCCACCCUCGCAGUGGUCGCCCUUUCUGGGCUUGCCUCUGCAAAUCCCCAAGUGGGUAUUCGACAGACCAACGUAACCCUGGGCCGAGGGUGUGCCGCUCUUACCCAGGCCGGCCUAGCAGCGCAGCUAUACUUCGCAGACGACAGCGAGUACGCAAGUACCCUCAACUCAUACUACGACGGGGCCAUCCAGAGAGUUACUCCUCGAUGCAUUUUCAAGCCGGAAACUACUGAGCAGGUUUCUGCCGGACUCAAGGCACUCAGUGCCGAGGGCGGCAACUGUUGGACUGUGGCCAUUCGAAGUGGUGGCCAUUCUCCUGCACCGAACAACAACGCUCAAAAUGGUGUGACUAUCGACUUGGAGAGGCUGAAUACUGUGACUUAUAGCGAGGAUGCUGGCACUGAGAAGGGCCAUGGCAUCGCUUCAAUUGGCUCAGGAGCAAGAUGGGGCAAUGUGUACACUGAGCUUGAGAAAUUAGGUGUCAUGGUCACUGGUGGUCGCGAAGGCCAUGUUGGUGUUGGUGGUUUCCUGCUCGGGGGUGGAUUUGCUUGGCAGUCCGGAAAACAUGGUCUUGCAUGCGACAAUGUUGUCAGUUACGAAGUUGUUCUUGCCAACGGAACAGUUGUAACAGCCACUUCGACAAGCCACCAUGAUUUAUGGCGAUCGCUCAAGGGCGGUUUGAACAACCUCGGUCUUGUGACUAGGUUUGACCUUCAGGCUUUCCCUUCUCAAAACGCCUAUGGUGGAAUCGUAGCGUUCCCUUACAACCAAGCUGAGCCUGUUCUCGAGAAGUUUACCACGAUGGUCCAAAGAAACGAGCAAGUUCCUGCGGAGCACGGCUUUGUUUCCCUGACUUGGAGUCCCGCCACUGGUCCAUCUGUAGCCUUCGUACUGGCAAACGUUGAUGGAGUCGAAAACUCCACCUCUUUCGUCGGACUGGAAGAUCUGACCCCCAUCGUCGACACUCGCUCUCACACUCCGAUUUCAGGUCUUGUGACACAGCUGCAGGGGAAGCUCGGCUUGUACAACGUGUGGUUCACCAUGACCUUUUAUGCUUCAAUGUCCAUGGCUCGUAAGGUGAUUGAAGUUUUUGACGACCUCAUUGCGGGUGUCAAGGACACACUCAAUGAGAGCGACCAAGUCAUUUUUCUCCUUACACCGCUGCCUACCAACUAUGCAGGCAACGGCGAAAACGUUCUCGACUUGAACGGAAAUCUUUAUGAGAAUUCCAUGGUACUUCAAGCCGAAGCCUUACUCUCAACGCCGGAACACAAGCAGCUCAUAACGGAUAAGCUUCAGUAUGCCGUCGAGUCCACACUGUCCGCCUGGGCCGCCAACACUCAUCAACGUUUCCGGUGGAAGUACCUGAACUACGCCAACCCUCUGCAAGAUGUCUGGUGGACAAUCGGCUCUGAUAGGUUUUUGUUGAACCGUACUGCCCAGGCAUAUGAUCCUACAGGGUUCUUUCAGACCCGUGUCUCGGGUGGAUUCAAGAUCUCGGAUUCUGAUUAG